UGCAUAAAGCUUAAAAUGCUCCACUACUCACACUACUGAAUUACCUAUAGCCUACUGGGUCAGUCAGGAGGAGCCUUUGCAUUCUGAACUAGUUUGCAUUCUGAACUAGUUUGCAUUCUGAACUAGUUUGCAGUUUCCAGUGUCAUUUAUGGAGGCCUUGUAUUUUUGGUUUAUCCUCCUUGUUGGGCUCUGCAUUAGCUUGUCUUCUGCUUUUCCUCCCAAAUAUGACACACAAAAUGCUCUAUUUGAAAGACCUGAGCUCACAGGGACAUCCAAAAAAUCUGAGCAACAAAAGGAUCCAGCUGAGGUACGAGAGCAGGUGAACACUGUCAGAGUGACCUGCCAUCCAGGCUCGUUUGAGAUUAUUAUCAAAGCCGACCUGUUUGGAGUUGGAGCUCCUGUUAAUAGUGACGAGAUACGCCUUGGAGUGGAGAAAAAUGAAUACUGCAGUGCUACAGCGUCUUCAGGAGAUGAGUACACAAUCAUUGUUGGACUCGUGGACUGCGGCACCACACACUGGAUAACUAAAGACUCUUUGAUCUACACAAACCUCCUCGUAUACACUCCUGUGGCCUCUACAGAUGGGGUGGUUCGAAUGGAUGAUGCUGUAAUUCCAAUUGAGUGUCAUUACAAAAGGAAGUACAGCUUGUCCAGUUCUUCACUCACGCCUACCUGGAUCCCCUUCAUGGCUACCCAAGUUUCAGUGGAAAUAUUGGACUUUAACUUAAGAAUUAUGACAAGUGACUGGAUAUACGAAAGAGGCUCUAAUGUGUUUCAUCUCGGAGAGCCCAUCAGCAUUGAAGCCUCCGUCCGCGUUGGACAUCACAUGGGGCUCAGAGUGUUUUUGAGCAGCUGUGUGGCCACACUUAAUCCUGACAUAUACUCUGUCCCCAGAUAUGUCUUCAUUGAGAAUGGGUGCUUAGUUGACUCUCAGCUUCCAGGUUCAAGGUCUCAGUUCUUACCCAGGACACAGAAUGAGAAGCUCGACUUGACCAUUGAUGCAUUUAGGUUUCAUAAUGAGGACCAAGUAGAGCUCUACAUCACGUGUCACAUGAAUGCUGUUCCAAUGAAUGAUCCAGAGUCCCUAAAUAAGGCGUGCACUUUUGUAAAUGGAAGAUGGAGGUCUGCUGAUGGCAAUGACUACUUGUGUGUGCAGUGCCAACGACAAAAUGAAGUUGGCCAAACUCUCAGUAAGCCCAGCAGCCCAAGCAAGUUUGGUCCUCGUGGUUUUGGGAAGCCAGCUGACACUGUUCCCCUGGAGAGGAGAGUACUAGGGACCAAUACAGUGUGGGAGCAGGAUGCGCGUUUGGGCCCGAUGAUGGUCUUGCCAUUCAAGCAGAGCAGUGGGCCAAUACCUUUUGAUGAGCUUCCUCCCAUUCGCGAUAAAAUCAGCAGACCUUCAUUGUUUAGCAGCCAGUGGAGAAGUGGAGUAAACAACGGAAGAGUUGAUCAACCGAGAGGACUGCUUCCUGAUUCGCCAUCUACACCAGACCAGGUGAAGGUUCAAACUUUUGCUUCUGAGCAGGAUAAAGAUGCCAAAAGUGGAACGGAUCCAAAAGUUUCUGAACUUCUAGGAAACUCAUUCCCUGAGGCCCACUUGACAUCAAACUCUGCAGUUCUGAACAAUAAUGACACUGCGUCUCUCGGUGAGGACGACACUGCGUCUCUCGGUGAGGACGACACUGCGUCUCUCGGUGAGGACGACACUGCGUCUCUCGGUGAGGACGACACUGCGUCUCUCGGUGAGGACGACACUGCGUCGCUCGGUGAGGACGACAUCGGUGAGGACGACACUGCGUCUCUCGGUGAGGACGACACUGCGUCUCUCGGUGAGGACGACAUCGGUGAGGACGACACUGCGUCUCUCGGUGAGGACGACAUCGGUGAGGACGACACUGCGUCUCUCGGUGAGGACGACAUCGGUGAGGACGACACCGCGUCUCUCGGUGAGGACGACACUGCGUCUCUCGGUGAGGACGGCCCGACUGCUCAGUUUACCGUGGAUGCGACCAGACAGUCGAAUGCAACUGCAACAGAAUCUGACCUUUCAGAUACAAAUGAAUGAUAAUAAAUGUUUAUAAAAAUAU